AUGGCACCUCGUUCCCUUUAUCUGCUCGCUAUUCUUCUGUUCAGCGCGAACCUCUUCGCUGGCGUGGGAUUUGCCGCAGCCGCUGAAGGACCAGAAGACAAGGGUCUUACUAAGGGAGGCAAAGGCAAAGGCGAGAAGGGAACCAAGGUCGGCGCCGACGAUACCAAUGGCACUGACCCCGACCCUGAACCUGAACCUGAACCCGAACCCGAACCCGAACCCGAACCUGAACCUGAACCUGAACCUGAACCUGAACCUGAACCUGAACCCGAACCUGAACCCGAGCCGGAACCUGAACCUGAACCCGAGCCGGAACCCGAGCCGGAACCUGAACCCGAACCUGAACCUGAACCUGGUGCUGCAACGCUGAAAUCUGUUGCACUUCCGUUUGCAGUCGCGGCUGCUGCUCUCGUUGCCGCAUUCUAA